CCUUGCUAUCUUGGGGCCUACUUCCUGUCAAGAGCCAAAAAUACUGACGGCGAAGUCGUGUCACAACGUUCUUGUCUUAUACACCAGUUUCUUUAGAUUUUUCUCAAAAUUGCGAUGUCUGGCGAGUCCGGGAGUAGAACGUCUAGCUUCAGGAGUGUUAGCCCUAGCAAAUAUGUGAAGUUAAACGUCGGGGGAGCCUUGUUUUACACCACCAUGGGGACACUAACCAAGCAGGACAACAUGUUGCGAGCGAUGUUCAGUGGUCGGAUGGAAGUUCUGACAGAUUCUGAAGGUUGGAUCCUGAUCGACAGAAGUGGGAAACAUUUCAGCACAAUCCUGAACUACCUGCGAGAUGGCAACGCGCCUCUGCCGGAGGGGCGUAAGGAAGUCCAGGAACUGCUUGCUGAGGCCAAGUACUACUGUAUGGCAGAACUAGUAGACCAGUGUCAGACACUUCUCAAAAAGAAACAGAUUGAAGCUGACCCCAUCUGUAGAGUACCUGUCAUCACAUCUGGGAGGGAAGAACAGGCUGUCAUAAAUACUUCUAACAAGCCUGUUGUCAAACUAUUGUACAACAGAGGAAACAACAAAUAUUCUUACACAAGCACUUCAGACGAUAACAUGCUAAAGAACAUUGAGCUUUUUGACAAGCUAUCGCUGCGGUUUAACGGGCGGGUGCUGUUUAUCAAGGACGUAAUAGGAACCAACGAGAUCUGUUGUUGGACGUUCUACGGACACGGGAGGAAAGUUGCGGAGAUUUGCUGCACGUCAAUCGUAUACGCUACAGAGAAGAAACAAACAAAGGUUGAGUUUCCCGAGGCGAGAAUUUACGAGGAGACGUUGAACAUUCUGCUGUACGAGAGUCGAGACAUGGACCCGGAGAAGGACGUUCUGGCCCGCGCGGCCGAGGUGCGCAGUCUGCCCAGCAGCUGCUGCGUCAGCGACGAGGAAGACGAGAGAUCGGAGGCACGCGGCGUACGCAGACACUGAGGAUAUCAACUACCACACAGACUGUGCAUAGAAUAAUGAUAACACGUAUUGCUAGGGCCACAUCGUAUAUAUCAGUCGGUUCUCGGAUAUUGUUGAGAAAAAUUUAGCAAGAGAACAAGAUGAAAACAGAGGGCUGGGAGGACUAUUCACUUCCUAAAAAUACGUAAAUGAAAGUACAGACUUCCCCUCAGACUCCCUCAGAGUAGAAUUUUUUUUCAGUCCGCAAACCAACAAAUUGGACUAGCCUAAAUAAUUGUAUAACUAGGGAAGAAAAUCAUCAAGCAAUAACCCAGAGGCUCGUGGAAAUUCUGCUGCGCUAUUUCA